AUGGGCCUCCUGGACCACGUCAACAGCGCCGUGAGCGGUGCCAAGGGUGCCGCUGUGAAGCCAGGCAAAGAUGACCGCCCUCCUGAGGGAGCGUCGGCCGAUGACACCGAGGAGCUCGACGAGGAGAGUGGAAACAUCCUCAUGAGCCUGAUUGGCCAGCUGAGGAUUGGAAUGGACCUCAGCAAAGUCACUUUGCCUACGUUUGUUCUCGAGCCACGGAGCAUGCUCGAGCGAAUCACGGACUUCAUGAGCCACCCUGACCUCAUCUUUGGUGCUGGUGGCAUCGACGAUCCGGAAAAGCGCUUCCUCCAAGUCACUCGGUACUACCUCUCCGGCUGGCACAUCAAGCCAAAGGGAGUCAAGAAGCCAUACAACCCCGUCCUUGGAGAACACUUUCGAUGCUCCUACCGGUACCCGAACGACACUGACGGCUUUUACAUUGCUGAGCAAGUCUCGCACCACCCACCCAUCUCUGCCUACUUCUACAUGUCGCCGGCCAACAAUCUGCUGAUCUACGGCGAGCUGAAGCCCAAGUCCAAGUUCCUCGGCAACUCUGCGGCCAAUGUUAUGGGAGGCGAGAACCGUGUCGUGCUGCUCGACCGGCCAGAGGAUGGCGAGUACGAGAUCGGAAUGCCUACGAACUAUGCACGCGGUAUUCUGUUUGGAAAGAUGGUGCUCGAGCUGGGCGACCACAGCAAGAUUCGCAACGAAGCAAACGACUUGACGGCAGACGUGGAGUUCAAGACUAAGGGCUACUUCACCGGGACGUACAAUGCCAUUGCGGGCAAGGUGUCAAGAGGCAGCAAGCACGUUGGCGACAUCAGCGGCAAGUGGAGCGAGAGCAUGGACUACAAGAACACAAAGACUGGCGAGACCGAGGAGCUGUUCAAUGUCAAGACGGCAAAGAUUGUCGAGAAGAAGGUUCGGCCCGAGGAAGAGCAGGAGGAGUUUGAGUCGAAGAGACUCUGGACAAAGGUGACGGAUGGCAUCAAGGAGAAGAACUUGGACAAAGCCACGGAGAACAAGACGGCCAUCGAAGAUGCCCAACGGCAGCGUGUCCGCGAGCGCGAGGAGAAGAAUGAGACAUGGACGCCGCGAUUUUUCGUGCAGCGGGGCGAGAAGUUCUACCCCAAGGUGGAAGCAUUGCCGGAAGAGAUGCAGUCCGAGGUUGUGCAAAAGUACUUUGCAAACCACGCAACGGCGUCAGGGAGCAGCGGUGCCAAUGGAAGCGAGUAG